AUGCGCGUCAUUCUUCAAAACCGCCACACUGGACAUGAUCGCCUGCGUCGCUCUCAUCUGUUGCAUAGGGAUCUUACUUCACUUGGGCCUCUCCUGCCAUCCAGUGACUGUAUGGAGUUGUGUGACUGUGGGUUUGCCAAGCAGUUGGGGCGGGGCAGCGUGGAGCUUGGCCUUGCCGCAUACGGGACAACCUGUUUUUGCUAUUACUUACCAGAGGCAUUUAAAAGGGGUCUUCUAAAAAUAACCAAUGCAAAGUCCGGGGUUCGGGCGUCAUUCGCUAUGCGCUCAUUACAUUGCGUAGACCCUUUUAUGCGAUCUCGUUACUGCGGUAGUUCAAAAACAAAAAACUAUCAUGUAACCCCCAUGGCUCAUGGUUGGCCAACUUCAAUCUGGGGAAUUGGUCUCGCCGUGCUUGUGGGUACUUCCGGACAACACUACAAACGGCCCAAUGGUAUCCGCUCUGUUUCGUGGUCCAUACGCCACACAGCGUCUCCUUCAGCUCAUGGCGGCCGUGACGCAGCGCGUGGUUGCGAGUGUCGCCACUAA